GUGUUUCAGCAGCACGUGUUAAGCCGGACAUAUUUUGAAUCCGCAACAAAAAUGGCGGCGCAGUGUGGUCGAUCAUGCCUCAGAUAUUUGUUGCAUCUUGCCCAGGAUAAUUUGGACUUCAGGUUACCGGAGAUUAAAUCUCUGCUGGCUCUCAGAGGAAAACCAUUCUCUCCCGAGGAAAACUUUAAAGAAAAGUCUCCUUUCUGGAUUUUGAAUGGUAUAUGUGAGGAUGAUGUCCGCGGCUUUAUGGCACGAUCUGUUUGUGCAAAGUCUGCUUUUGAAUUAUGGGGCCAUGGACAGACUCAAAGCGACCUUAAGACAUCCCUUAUGAACUAUGCAUUGGAGAAUAUGACACAAUACAUGCAAAAGGACUCCACCUACAGAAUUAAUGUCUACACCUUCAACAAGACUCUUGAAUUUGCAGAACGAAUUAAAAGGAUUGAUGCUUUGGAGUACAUUCCGUUUGAGGGCACAGUCAGUCUAAAGAGUCCACAACAUGUCUUCUGUUUGUUGGAAGAUUACGGCACAGACCCCAAUGACAUCCCAGAGAAUCCAUACUAUAUAUAUUUUGGUCGAUGGAUUGCAGAUGGUCAGCGUGAACUGAUUAGGUCCCACAGUGUGAAGAACAGGCAUUUUAUUGGAAACACAAGUAUGGAUGCAGGCCUGUCAUUCAUCAUGGCCAAUCAUGCUAAAGUCAAAGAGAAUGACCUUGUCUAUGACCCAUUUGUAGGCACAGGGAGUCUGUUAGUAGCAUGCUCGCAUUUUGGAGCCUAUGUUUGUGGAAUAGAUAUAGACUACAACAUUAUUCAUGGGAAAGGUCGGUCAAGCCGUAAAAACCAGAAGUGGCGAGGGCCUGAUGAGAAUAUCAGAGCCAACCUUCGUCAAUAUGACAAAGAGAAGAUGUACGUGGAUGUAAUGGUGUCUGAUGCAUCCAAGUCUGUGUGGAGGAAAAACCCUCUUUUUGAUGCCAUCAUUACUGACCCUCCAUAUGGUAUUCGUGAGUCGACAAGACGAACAGGUUCCCACAAGGAGAUCACUAAACCUGCUGAUGGAAUUUAUGUAGAGUCUCACGUGGCUGUCUCACAGGUCUACUACCUCAGUGACAUCUUCACAGAUUUGUUAAACUUCUCAGCCCACCACCUGGUUAUGGGCGGGAGACUCGUCUAUUGGUUACCUGUCUACAGGCCAGAAUACUGUGAGGCAGCGAUUCCUCUCCAUCCAUGUCUUCAGCUCAUCAGUAACUGUGAGCAGACACUCUCCAGCCACACCUCACGUCGUCUGAUCACCAUGGAAAAAAUCAAGGAACCAGAGGAGUGCGACAGCCUAGCUCAAAUGGCAGAGCCACACGUUAGCCUCUACCAGGGACACAACGCCUUUAGAGAGAAGUAUUUCAGUGGACAGAACAAGAGAGGUGCCAAAGAGGACAACAAACCCCAGGUGAAUGGAGAAGAAGCUAACGAUUCAUGAGCAACAGCAGAAGUCAACCACACACAGGAACCAGGACUUGAUUGGACCUGGAUUUAAAAACAAAAAACACAUUCUUGUAACUUAUAAUGCAUCAUUAUGCUUUUUAAAAUGUACCCCACUUUUAAUCUUUUUAUGCUUUGUACUUCUUUCUUUGCAAAUAAAUGAGUUUUUCUUAAUUUAACAUGAUGAAUGAGGGUUCUCCUAUUUAAAACAUUCUGUUUUAAGAUUCAGGAUUUAAAGUGUUUAUGACUAAGUGCAGCAAACAAUGUCUCACCUUAAUUCUCACUCUGAGGUCAGUGACAAUUGGCUAAAAAAAGUCACAGAAGCAAAAAUAAGAAACAUUAGGCAACAUCAUUAGUGACAACACUGAAAACAGCAUUUAAACAUGAAAUGAAAAAUACGAUUGAAAUGUUUUGCUCCUUAGACUAAUUAAUAACUAAUUAGGAAGGAAUUAUAAAUGGACAGUUGGAGAUAAUUAUUGAUUUUCAAUCACAUAAACGUAUGUUGAAUUUUCUGCACCAAAACAGAUAGGAAAAAACAGGUAGGAAAAAAUAAACUGUGGAACUGACUUUAAAAAAAUGCUUUUCUUUAUAAGGAAAUAUAUGGCUUGGGUUUUCUAUCAGCUGAGGUUUGCAAUAUCAAAAUGUAAACUGCAGCUUUGUAUCUGUAAAAUAUAGUAUAUAUUUUAAGGAUAUGUUGCUUUGUUUUUGAUCAAUCAUCCAUCAUUCAGAUUUUAAUUAAUUUUAUAACCAAAUCUACAAGUGUUAUUAUAGUUGUCUACAAAACAAGCAUAAGAAUCUCACUAAGACAGACAGGCAUCUGUGCAGGCAAAAUCCACUGCAUUUAAUCAGCAGCCUUUGUUUUUCCCAACCACAGUUUACAUGCAGCCAAGUUCAUUAUUUGUCUUCAGAGGACAACUCAACAAACCUGUAUGUACAUUAAGCCCGUUCUCUGUUUAUCAUUUGGGGAUUUGCUGCUCUACCACACUUCCCUGUUUGCUCCGUUCACAGGCACAGGGUUUUAGGGUUCAUCACAUGAAACCCAGCUUGCUAUUGUUUGUGGAACAUUUUUGUUUACGGUUCCCACAGUGUGCUUUAGUCGGCUGUCAUUAUCAAGUUAAUCAGAUGAUAGUGCAGAGACGUCCACGAUGACACUGUGUUCUGCACG